AUGUCAGAUUCCAGUGAUGAGGAUGGCGAUUUUGGGCAGAAGCUACCACCUCUACACAUCUACCUUAAGCGGGUUCUGGACAAGUACCCGGAGGGUGGGCAGAUCUUGAAGGAGCUUGUGCAGAAUGCCGAUGAUGCGGAAGCAAAGAAUGUGAUUUUCCUUUACGACAAGUCACAACAUCCGAGCCGUCGAUUGUGGUCUGAGACAUUGAAGGACUUCCAAGGACCAGCUCUGUAUGCCUACAAUGACGCAACAUUUCAGAAGCAAGACUGGUACAACAUCCAGCACCCUGAGCAGAGUGGGAAGCUGGAAGACCUUUCCAAGGUUGGGAGGUUUGGCCUGGGCUUCAUAUCUGUCUACCAUCUUACAGACAUGCCCUGCAUCAUCAGUGGAAAUAAAAUCGGUUUCUUGGACCCACUAGAGAAGCACUUCAUCCAUGACCCUCACACCAACACAAAAUACAAAGGCAGACGUGGUAAGAAGUGGAAGAUGACAGCUGAUCUUCUGGCUAAAUUUCCAGACCAGUUUUCACCUUACCUGAUUGACUUGUUUCACUGUAAUCACAAAAACUUUGACAAUGGUAAAUUAGAGGGUACUAUUUUUCGCUUUCCAUUGCGAACCAGCGAAUCGCGGAUCAGUAAGUCGGUUUUCAGUAAUCAUAAGCGUGUGCAUGACCUCUUUUCGUCAUUCCAGAGAGAUGCAGAGAUCUCUCUAUUGUUUCUCAAGCACGUAGAAUCCAUAACCGUUUACAAAAGAGAUCAUAAUAGGAAUCCUAUACUUAUCUGUAAGGUACAGAUCCACCAAGAAGAUCGUCAUCAGCUUCGUAUGAACAGAACAACAUUUCUGAGCCAGAUUAUCUCGAAGCAAGACAUUCAAACCAUGAGCUGUGUACGAAUCGAAAAACAAACUGGACGACACAGAGCUCAAACGACAAGCAGAUACAUCACCGUAAACAGCUUAAAGACCAGGAGUACAUCCACACGUCUCCAGGAACUGAUCAGAGAUGAUGAACUGAAGCUGCUGCCAUGGAUGGGGAUGUCCUUCCGAAUUUGCUCAACAGCGGGCUUAGAUGACGAACAGCAAACCGGUCGUGUGUUUUGCUUCCUACCAUUGCCAGAGAGUGAGAAGACUGGAUUGCCAGUCCACGUACACGGCUACUUCGGUCUUGGAGACAACCGUCGUAGUAUCAAGUGGCCAGAUCAAGAGUCCCAGCAUGACAAUAAGGCACUCUGGAAUGAGCUCCUCACACAGGAAGUCUUUCCUGAAGUUUAUGCAAAGGUUAUCCUGGAUGCUAUGAAGAGGAGUAGAGAUCCCUCUGAUCCAACAGAGCCGUUAGAUGUGUAUAGAGCCUGGCCUUUCAUCAGGGAUAUAAAGGCAAAUUGGACAGCUGGGGUCAAGAACUUCCUGCAGCUGGUUGCGAACGAGCCCAUCUUCUACACAGAACAUAAUGGCGGCUCCUGGAUGAAGCCACAGGACAUAUAUGUGGACCGCGAGGGAAGCGCCUUGGUUUCAAAAGUGCUGAGAAUUAAAGGUUGUCAAGUUGCACAGCCUCCCAACCACGUUCUUGAGUCUCUUAAUUGGGCUGGUGUGAGUUACAACACGGUUACACCUGCACUCGUGAGAAACCGGAUCAGGUGGGAUCCACUGGAGUUCCUUUCACGUGACGAGAAGUGUAUGCUUCUUAAAUAUGUGACUAGUGACACAGUUUUUGAUCUGAAGAACCUGCGUCUGCUUCCCCUGCAGAGUGGCAAUUUUGUAACGUUUUGUAACAAUGCCCCAAAAGUAUACAUUGCGACCACAGAGAAUCCAAGUUCUCUGAUACCAAAUGGGGCAUCAAGAUUUGCUGUGAGUGUACUACCAUCUGCACUGCUGACAGAACCGACAAUAGAGGCGCACACCCAGCUAAAACGUCUUGGCAUUAAUGAUGUUGCACCUCUUUUGAGAGAGAUGCUUCCAAGCACGUGGAGAGAAGGAACAAAUGAAACCGUGCAUUGGACCCCAGGACAGCAUCAACAACCAACAAAGGAGUGGUUUGCGGAGUUUUGGCAAUGGUUGUUGAAAACAGACCUUGAGAAAUUCAAAGGUAUUCCCCUCAUACCGGUAGCACUGGACCGCAUUGCCAGGCUGCAGCAGUGUAGGCUAAUUUGCCAGAUACAGGUGGGGGGCUCUUAUGGGCGUUCUCUUGCACGCUUGUCAGACAAUGUCUGCUCAUUUCUUGAGUCUAUCGGAGCCGUUGUUAUACGGGAUCUCCCGUCGUAUGUAAGUGAUCACCCUCAUGUCAACAGAUUUGUUAGUGCUCCGACACCUGAAGGAGUAAUGACCAUUUUAGAGGCAUGCAGCCACAACAACCUUGAUGCCCAGGUUCAAAGACUGGCUGCAAGCACAAAAGACGAACUACGAGCUCUCCUUGCAAAACCCCAGCACUUAACAACACGACAAAGUGAUAUUUUGAAGUCGCUGCCUUUCUUUCUGGGAAGUGAUGGGAAAUAUGUCUCAGUGAAGACAUGUGCAACAGCAAUUCCUAAUGACUAUUUUGGGUUACCUGUGAGAGCUUUAAGUCGGCGAUGUCUUAUUUUAAGAUCUGACGAGUCGGACAACCUACUGCUGCGAUUGGGGGUCCGAAAGCAAUCUGUGGAUGAGCUUCUACAAAGAAACAUGCUCCCUGCAGUACAGGCAGGGUUCUACAGUGAAGACGAUUCACUGAAGAUCAUGAGGUGGGUCUUGGAGCAACCUAGAUUUGAUCGUUUGGUGACGGACCUUAAGUUUAUUCCAAUUUCUGGAUGCAGAGCAAGUCCAAAGGAGCUGUUCGAGCCCUCUAGAACACUUAAAGUGAUGUUUAAAGGCAGCAAAAGGUUUCCAGCGGGAAAGUAUUCUGAAGGCAGACUGCUAAACAACUUAAAACGGGUCGGACUCAAAACAGAGGCACUUGUGACACCAGAUGACGUUUUGAGGUGUGCAGUGGAGGUUUCCCAAACCACAGGCCAGGCUAAUGUUGAAAGGGGAUCAGUCCUUUUACAACAUAUCAACCGCUAUCCAGGUAUCUUACGUGAUCAUGUCACAAGCAACAGGAUAUGCAAAGCACUAUAUAAGUUUCUUGAAGAUCUGUCUUGGGUUCCAUGUGAAGCUUCACCGCCUGCUAACUACCCCAGCAAGGCUGAUUGGAUUGGAAACUCCCAUACACUCUACUCACCCAGACACAUAGGGCUUAUUGAUUCUGCUCUGCUUCAAGGCUCUGUGCUCCCUCUUGUCGGGUUACAUGACCUCAAAGAUCAAGUACUGAGUGUCUUUGGAUGGCAAAAGAGUCUUGAUUCCAGCAACUACCAACACGUCGAACGGGUAGUUCUUCAUCUCAAGAAUGUUGCAAACAAAUACCAGAACAUUCAUGAUAAUGUGUAUUUUGUUUCUCUUACGGUGUCCAAGAUAUACUCCUUCUUAAAGGGAAUCACGGUAGCGAAUGUACAGUUGAGACACCUUUUUCAUGAGCACAUGAGUGCUUCACAACCAUGGGUGUGGCAUGGUUCUGGUUUCACUACUCCUGACAAAAUGGCCCUGAACAACGGUACACUUGGCGUUACGUUGACCCCUUAUCUACGCCUUGUUCCUGAGGAUUAUCUCCAGUACAAAAGUUUCCUGAACAACAUGGGUGUCCAGGAGACCUUCCAAGACAGCGCUCUAUGCGAAGCGCUUCGAAUUGUCAGUCAAAAGCAUGAAGCUAAAUCCUUUUCCAGUCAAGAGGAUUACAAGAAAGACUUACAUCUUGUCUGCAACAUCUUAAGGCACAUGGUUAACCAAGAAAGAUUUGACAACAAGAUGCCGGGGAUCCUUGUUCCAUGUAGAAUGCAGAGAGGAGGAGAAAGAAAGCUACAUAUGGCAUGUUCAACUCAGUGCCUGUAUGUUGAUGAGGAGAGACUUGCAAGACAAAUAUUCGAAGAUGGUUCCCAAGACUUCACCAGACCAAUAAUUCAUGAGUUAAUACCGAACUUGGUUGCUCAGAAAUUAGGAUUGCAACCACUGAGUCACGUGAUUGCUCCGGUUGAAGCAGUAGAGUACGGAUACGAGGUUGCCGGCCCACACGAGACGACAGUGAAUGCAAUUAAGCGAAAUCUUGAUAUGUACAAGAAAGGGCCUGGCAUCUUUAACGAAUUGAUUCAAAACGCUGACGACGCUGGAGCUACUGAAGUCAAAUUCCUUCUAGACUGGCGCAACAACAAGCAAACAACCCACAACCUUCUGGGCGAAGGAAUGAAAUCGUGUCAUGGACCUGCUCUCUGGGCUUACAAUGAUGGCAUUUUCUCAAAUGAUGACAUCACAAAUAUCUGCAAUAUAGCUGCCCAGAGCAAGAAAGAUCAGCUUGACAAAGUUGGGAGGUUCGGAUUGGGAUUCACGUCAGUUUAUCACUUGACAGAUGUUCCAAGUGUCGUCAGUGGACCCUAUGUGCUUAUUUGUGAUCCCAGAACGACCCAUCUUGGAUCUCGUGUCAAGCCGUCACAGCCAGGCAUCAAACUUGAUCUGACAAACGAAAACCACAGACGGACGCUUGAGAGUUACCCAAACCAGUUCCAACCAUACAAUGGCAUCUUUGGUUGUAAGCUGCCAGAGGCUGCACACUUCGACCACACACUCUUCAGGUUACCACUGCGGACGAAACCGGAGGCUGAUGGCCAACAGCCAAAUCAAAUUUCGGAUUCUGUCUUUGAUUCCAAGAAGAGUACAUAUCCAUUGUUAAAGGCUUUGCAGGAAUCGGCGUCUACUCUGCUUCUGUUUACCCAGAACGUGGUUAAAGUUACUGUGGAACAGCUUGAAUCUGAAAACAUCAAUAAUCUGAAACCAGUGAUGUCUGUAACUGUUUCACGGGUCAGACAGCUGCCACGGUCAAUUACAGAAUCAACGGGUGACUUGAAAACUCAACGUGGUAUCCUGAAUGCAACAGCACAACGUAUGAAAGUCCCAGGCCAUGGCUUGCCAAUUCCACAGACAACUAUGAUUGUAAAGAUGAAUCAGGAAACGUGCAUAUUGGGCGCAGCUGCCAAAAAGAAACCAAAGAAAAAAACAUGUAACUUCAUCAUUAGCUCAUGCAUGGCAACAGGAAGGCCUCUAGAUCUUGCCCUCACCAAAGAGGGCAUCAAAGCUGGAGUUAUGCCAUGUGGUGGAGUUGCUGCACAAUUAGUGUCGGGUGAAAGAGGGUUGACCCCUGAAACCACCCACGGCAAGGCCUUUAGUUAUCUCCCUCUUGACGUCUCAACCGGGCUACGCUUUCAUGUCAAUGGCAACUUCUUACUACAACCUAACCGCCGCCAGCUGUGGAGCAAACCCUCCUCUGACACGGGAGAUUUUGAAACCCGUUGGAAUAUCUGCUUCAUGGAAUCGGUCUUGUUGCGUGCUUUUAUGAAUCUGCUCGAAGAUCUUCAAAUGUUGCAAGAACAAGGUGUUGUUGAUAAUCGCAACUUCCAGUGUUUGUGGCCAAGAUGGAGUGAGUCCGAAAGUGACUUUCAUCCUUUCGUUAAAGCCUACUACAAGAAGAUAGGAAGUAGAGUCGAUGCCCCAGAUGUAAUCUUUAACCAAAGAAAGUGGGUAUCAGUGCAUCAAUGCUUCUUCACUGAUCUUGACGAACUGAGCGGAAGCAUACAAACCGUACUAAAUAAGCACCAGGUCCCAAAACGAUGUGUGGAACUGGAAAGAGAUGUAGUGGACAGCAUCAAACAAGCAGGCGCUCAAGAGGUUUUCAAUUGCAACACCUUCAACAUGCAGCGAUUUUUGUCUGAGGUAUUCUUCCCGAUGUUGAAGAAUAGCCCUCAAGACAUCAAGUCUACUCACAGAAACAGGAUUGUUCUUCACAUGUUGGACCUUCGUCUUGGAGAAAGAAAACUGGAAGACUAUGAUGAAUUGCUGAAGGCUACAGAGUGUAUACCUAUUUUCCCAAAUGGUGAAUACUUGUCAAGACCUCAGGAUUUGGUGAAUCCCGAAUCAUCAGUUGGAUCACUGUAUAUUGAGACUGACUGUCGGUUUCCACAUGGGGAGUUGUACCGUAAACAAGCGCGUCUUCUGUCUUUAUCACAGCUAGGGAUGGCUUCAUCUGACCUACCUUGGGAAGAUAUAUGUGAGAGAGCACAAUCAUUGUCAGAGGGUGAGAAUGUUGACCAGAGGUGCAUAACUCUCCUAAAGCUGAUAGAUGAAAAGCUCAGAAGGUCUGACGAGCCAACAUCCGAUCAAAGGAAACGAAUCCGACAAGCAGCUUUCCUUCCAGUCCUAAGAAAGCCUCCACUCUAUCCUUUGGAUUGGUGUAACUGUGAAGAUGAGUUUAUGCCAGCAGACAUGCUUCAUACACCACAACACAAGAACCUUCUUGGGUCCGUUCGACCACUUUUGGACGAGAAGAGAUUAGGGUCUGAGGCAAUGAGUGACAAGGUCAAGGCCUUUCUCGGCUUUACAGAAAAACAGGUUGCAAUCAGUGAUGUCAUUGCACAGCUUGUAAUUCUAAUUGAUCGAGCACCCAAGAAGGGCCAUCGAACAUCUGCUAUGGUUUGCAGCAUAUAUCCAUACCUCCAGAGCACAAUCUGUGCAGUGUCUCCAAACGGUAAUGUUACUAUCAAGGAAGAGCACCAUGCUGCAGUUGACCAGCUUUCUUCGAUGAGAUUCGUCUUCUGUGAUGGUCAAUUCAGAGAGUGUAGGCAGCUUGCUUUUUUCUACGAAGGCAAAAAUGGACCAUAUCUGUACAAUGUUUCCCAUGAGCUCAUUCAAUUCAGCAACCUGUUGCGGAUUUGCGGUGUAAGAGAUCGUUUUCAGCUGGAGGACUUCCUUCAAACUCUUCAGCGUCUGAAGACGACCUAUGGCGAGAAACCUCUAAAUCAGUCAGACCUGAAAACCUCGACGUCGAUGUUGUCAGAGGUUGUCUCCAUGUUAGCAAAACAACAUGGAAAAUACACCGAAGGUAGCCGAGAAAGCAGCUUACAAACAGGCUUAAUUCAUGUCCCAGAUAACUGUGGGGUCUUGCGGUUACCCGAAGAGCUGACAUAUAACGAUAUUGAAUGGGAGGGAACUCGUGACGAAGAGAAGUACACACAUCCAGAUAUAACAUCCCGCGAUGCUAAGGUUUUGGGUAUCAUCACACAAAGGCAGAAGUACAUCAGUAGCUGCUCACCGUUGCAUGGGUUUGCAAUAGAUUUCGGCCAGAGUGAAGAAUUAACGGAUCGUCUGAAAAACAUACUUGGGGCCUAUCCAAAUGUCUCCGAUGUAUUCAAAGAGCUUCUUCAAAAUGCCGACGAUGCAGGAUCAACAGAAAUACACUUUGUUUAUGAUCCACGCCAUCACGAAGCAAAGAAGGUCGUAUGUGAUUCCUGGGCUGCCAUAGGAGACCUUCCAUCGCUAUGUGUCUAUAAUGACAAGCCAUUUACUGAAGCAGACAUCAAAGGCAUUCAAAAGGUAGGAGUUGGGGGAAAGAGAGACGACAUUACAACAACUGGGAAGUUUGGAAUCGGUUUCAAUGCAGUUUACCACCUUACUGAUUGCCCGAGUUUCCUAAGCAACAGUGACACCCUUUGUGUGUUUGAUCCGCUUUUGAUGUUCUCUCCAGUGACGCGGAAUACGUCACCCGGGAUACAAUUAAUGACACACGAUGGAUUCCGGGGGAAAUUCCCUGACAUGUUGAGAGGAUAUCUGGAAGAUCUACCUGCCUUUAAAGGAAAGGGGGGAACAGUUUUUCGAUUCCCACUCAGAAAGCGGCCAUCGGGGCUUUCCAGCGAGACUUACCAUCUAGGGAGAGUAAAGGAGUUGUUUGAAGACUUUAAGAAAGUGGCACAGGAAGCUCUUCUUUUCCUUAACAAUAUCAAAUCGAUCAUAGUUUCGUGUAUUGAUGAACACUCCAACAAACUAACAACAGACUACUGCAUCAAUGCAACGUUAUCAGAAAAAGCCGAAGAACGACGUGCAAGGUUCACGGAGCACCUCAAGCUUUUCACAGAUAACCCAUGUGAGACAGUUGAGCCCAUGACCCAUGUGUACAUCCUCGUGACAAGUGACUCACAUGGCGCUGAACAAACAUGGCUUAUUUCUCAAAGGCUGGGUUUUGAAGGUUCUCCCCUUGAAUGCCAGUCGGUGUCAAGAUCUUUUAGCUUAAAGAGGCCUCUUCCACGUGGUGGAGUAGCGGCUCUCCUCCAGGAUAGCAGAACGGAGAUGGCAGCAAGUCAGCUGUACAAGGCUUACUGCUUUCUCCCACUGCCGGUUCACACCGGAUUACCAGUGCACGUGAAUGGGACGUUUGAGUUGGAUUCGGCAAGAAAGAAUCUUGCAAAAGGCGACGAAUAUGCAAAAUCUGAUACUUCUGACGAUAGUAGACUCAUCCAUAGAUGGAAUCGAACGCUAGUGCAACAUGUACUUGCCCCAGCAUAUGCCAAAUUAAUUGAGAGUGCAGGACGAAUAAUACUUGGGGAAGCUGACGUCAAGUCUUUGAAACGGCACCUUGGGUGGUAUGACGACCUUUUCCCAAAGCAUUUGAAGAGCUAUCAUGGAGAGUGGGAACUCCUAGCAAAAACUACGCUCCGGUACAUCGGUAAGGAAAACUUGAAGGUUUUACCCGUUGUACGUCAAACCAAAGAUGUUAUCACAACCACCUGGCAUCAUCCAAACAGUGAUGACAGUCUAGCUUUCACGGAUAACUUUGAUCCCGCAGUGUCCGAAGCAGGUGUGAGAGAUGACACAGCACGGGAGAUAAUACGCUCCUUUUUGCUGAGGGUCAACUUUAACCUGCUGGCCAGCUCCCGGGACGUAUGUUUGGCGUUUCAAGCUUGUGGUGUUGAAGCAAAGUUUGUUAAUCCACAGUCAGUAGUUAAACAUCUUUCAUCUGGAUCUCAUCAAGUGACCCAUGUUCUCCCCGCUCUCUUGGGGAAAACAAAAUUCAAGAACAUCCAGACUUUACGUACUGUGUUCGAGUACUGCCUUGAAGGUAUCAAAAAUCCAGCUGAGUUGAAUGGCUUACCCAUGCGUGUGACGAAUGAUGGCAUGCUGCGUAAGUUUUCAACAUGUGAUGCUUCAUAUGUGACUAGCCACUCUAGGGUGCUACCCUGUCUGAAAGGUAUAUUCCUUCACAACCAGUUGGUUCCAUCUUGCAUAGCUUGGUUCAAGAAGGAAAAGAAUUCCGAGGCAGCUUAUAGAAGUGGAGUGUUCAAACAGUUCACCAUGGUGGACCUGGCCCAACACAUUUGGAAGCAUCUCCCCGAGAGCUGGCAAGGCUGCAAUCAGCACGUAAAGUGGACGCCAGACAGAAAUGGCCAUCCCUCCGAGUCGUGGCUAGGACACUUAUGGGCAUUCAUCUGCAGUGAUAAAUUAGAGGAGGGCUCCCUAGAUUGCAUCAAGCACUGGCCAGUAUUUCCAACUACAUCGGGCAAACUGGUACCCCCUUCUUUAUCCAAAACGGUACUACUCCUGCAAAACAGUGGAGUUGGAUUUGGGAUGCAGACAGUCAAUGUAUUCCGUAAACUCGGUCUCCCAGAAAUCACAACACUAGCUAUGUGCGAGCUCAAGCCGAAAUAUAGUGCUGGUAAGAAAGUACUAGUGCCACACCCACCGAUGGGACUAGACAAACUCCUAGAAAAGCACUUGGCUUUGCCGAAUUCACGGCAGGCUGUCACAAGUGUUAUCAAGCGUGUGUUCGAAACAGGUGGGAUUGUUGGUGAUCUGACACUCGCAGAGAGCAACACCCUCCUUCAUUAUUUUCAGGAGGACGCCAAUCUGUCGGAGGACAGCAUGAAAACUAUCAAAAAGCUUUCAGUUUUCAAAAUUCUAGGAGAAGACAACACCACCGAUCUUCACCACUUCGAUCACUACCACACCGCAAAUGGUUACGGAAUGUUGAUGGUUGAAGCUAAGACCUGGAUGAACAACAUGCACUGUGUUAUUCUGGAGCCCAAUCGUAACUUGUGUCAGAUAUACCAACAGCUUGGAAUAACUCCUAUCACACAAGCUGACAUGUAUCUAAAAUACAUACUUCCAAGCUUCCUAUUUCUCAGUCAAGAGUGUCGAUUUCAGCACGUCAAAUUCAUCAGAGACAGAGUUCUUGGCCAUGCUUCAGAACAGCAGGGGAAAGAAAUUCUUGAGCGUCUUUCCCAUAUUGCGUUCAUUCCAGAUAGAACGGGUAUACUCCGACAAGCAAGCUUUUUCUACGAUGGUGAUAAUCCUGUCUUCGAAGCUUUGAUUGACCCAGUCAAGUUACUGCCUACUUCCAUGGGGAACCUGAAGUGUUUCUUUGAAGAGAUUGGUUUCCAUUCAACAGUUACCCAAGCCGACUUCCUUCAGUUUGCACUGGAUGUAGAAAAAAGGGCGGGUAAAGUAAAAGACCAGAAAAAAGGGAAGGCACUAUGUGGCAUCUCUCGUCUUCUGACAAAUGAACUGAAUUUCAACGAAGAGCUACGCAAUCCCAACUUUCUAAAGAAAAUCAAAACGAUUAAGUUCGUUCAGUCUGUCCCAAUUAGGACAAAACUGCUUCACAUCCACCCUGCAUACUCUUUGACGAGCAGUGACGACAACCAAACGCCCGCGUUCAUUGCAUACCAAGGAUCAGUGCCGGACAAACAUUUGGAGCUUGUAUGGUCAGUUUGUAUGAUACUACCGUGUUGGGCCAUACCAAGAAACGAGCAAAUACAGGGUUUUACUGUUCAUGGUUGCCUUGGAAUUGAAAAUGUGGUUGUUGAUAAAGUUGUUUCGCACACGCAGAACAUUUGUGGACUGAUGGAGAAAAAGAAUGCGAUUCACAAGGAAGACAUACUGCCAAAAGAACAGAGAGAGACGUUUAAAGACGUCAUGGACAAGAUUUUGGGCUACUUGAAAGGUCUAGACAUGGUUAAGCUUGAUGAGGACAUUAAACGUCGUUUGAAGUGUACUCCAUUGUGUCUUGUGGAAGAAGGACGUGUAUUGGUGAGAGCAGAUCAGUUGGUAUUUGAAAUGGACAAAGAUCUUGAGCCGUCUUUGCGUCCAUACUUGUACAAAGCACCACGAGAAUUGGCAAAGUUUGAUACUGUCCUCAGACUGCUUGGAGCCCAGGAUUCAUGUUCCUUUGACCAGCUGGCUGGAGUAUUGGCGUCAAUGAAAGUGGAAUGCGGUGAUGAACGGCUAGGUCCAAAUGAAAAGAAGACAGCCGUGGGUACUGUUAGAGCAAUGCUCCUUCUGUUGCACAAUGCAAGCGGUCAAUCCUCGUUUUCUGUAUCCGAGCUGUAUUUACCUAAUACGGGAUACUACUUGAGGAGGUCAACUGAUUUGUAUUAUGCUGACCCUAUUCAAAUGGGGCAUUUUAAUCUUGCAUCCACAGACAGAGAAUUCAUCUUUCCCUUAAGGCAGUGCGGAUUUGAGAUCGAGGAUGAAAAACGUCUCAUUCAACUUCUUCCAGAGUCUCUCCGACCUAAGAAUCUUGGGGAUGAGAUGAAUGAGAAGCCGUUAGACACCAAUGAAGACUGCCCCGCUGGGCAGCAUUGUGCGUAUCUGGAAGGCGUCAAGCGAAAGGUGAAAUCAGAGGAGAUGACUCGUGUGUUGCUCAGACUUAGGCAGCACCAGCUCGAAAACAAACAACUGAGUGCUGACAUCAAAAAGCGCAUAACACAACUCCAGCAAUUUGACAAUUUCGUCUGCAAAGCUGAGUUGAAACUUGGGUUAUACGACAAGAAUGGACAAAAGAUUGCAGAACAAAAUUACUCUCGGAAAGCAUACUUCGACAAAUCGUCAAAUACGAUAUAUCUGGAGCACUCCUCGCCGUUUCAGCAGAACGCUUUCACUUCCAGACAAAUAGGAAACAGUUGCAAUGCUCUCCUGACCCACCUGUUGGAUUCUGAUCAUUUAAGUAUCUUUAUAGGUGUCUUGGACUGUCAGAGCCUGGAUGAGAUGAAUUCCAUUAUCUCCAUGUCUGGCAUCCCUGAGUACGAUAUCACAAGAGCUACCCAACUGAACGACUACAGACCAGGAACUAUAAUACCAAGAGAUAUUCAUCACCUUCUGGAUCAAGAUCCAUACAACCGUUUCCUUGUAAAUGAGAUAGUAGGUUAUGAAAGAGACAUUGAAGACGGAGACCAGUUUCAGUUUGCCGAUAGUGACAACCUUGCCUUAGACACUGGUGAUUGGAUACCGUCAGAAACACUGGCGGAUGGCGCUACUGAGAAAAUCUAUGCAAAAAUCCUUGAGCAGAUUGACAAGAGUGAUGAGACAGUCAACUUAUCGAGACGAUACAAAAUUGACGUUGGAGGAAAGGAUCCCAUCAUUGUUAAAGUGACCAGACUUUAUAAAUUCCUGCGACCAAAGAAACAACCAGACGUGACAGUCGCUCCUUUCACCGGGGAACCUACAUCUGAUGUUCCACCUGCGGCGCAUUUUGACCAAGCUCUUCCAGAAGACAUGCAGAAAGACGAAGAGCAAAUUAAGAAGGAGGUUGAUGAGGCAUUUGGACUACCGCCGGAGGAACGCAAAAGGGUUUUGUAUCGUCUCUAUCGCAAGUGGCAUCCCGAUAAGAAUCCAGGCCAGCAGGAACGUGCUAAUAGGGCCUUCCAAUUCCUAAAACAAGAAAUAGAAAGGCAUGAAAAGAGUUGUGAGUCAGACGAACGGUGCUCUGAUCGGUAUUCUAACUGGGAAUCAGAGGUCAAUAGGAACAGGGAGGAAGCCAGAAGAUAUCAAGAGAGGUAUUACCAAAGCCAUUCCAGCGCCAGAUCAAACAGAUCGAGAUUUAACUUUGUACCACCGUCCUUUACAAGAGAGGCUCCAGAUCCACGAAAAGCACGGCUAUGGUUCCGUCAGGCAAAGGAACACCUCAAGGUUGCAGAUCGGACGAGCCAACAUGAAGCAGUUCCGACUCAGUGGAUAGCAUUCCAGGUACAUCAGGCAGCAGAAACUGCUCUUAAAGCAGCCCAGUACAGUCUGGAUGGACGUCCAGAUAUCAACUGUAACGAUCUUAUAUCUCUAGCAAGAGCAGUUUGCCAACACAGGGACGUAACGUCUGACCAAGUAUUUGAAGUAACCCGUGACCUAGUUCGUUUGGACUGCGACUUCACUAAACCUCGCUACCCGCAGAGGAACUCAAAGACAAGUGGGCAGGAAUACAGUGAUUUCAGCACAGCGGACGUUUUGGAGAAGUGUGGAGAACUGCUGAACCUUGUCCAAGACAUAAUCGGUAUCAGGUUCUUUUAGACAACAUGAGACGAAGCCGAAGCAAGAAGCUUCAUUCUCUUUUGACUAUAAAUAAACAAGUUGCUCGAAGAGCAAAAUGACCUAACUGUUAAUUCGUGCGUUUUUUGUUCACUUCAUUUUUCGUAGUUGAAUUGUUUGUACUCAUCUGUCUUUCAUCUGACAAAGUAUGUACGCGUAUACCUUCGAUUGAUAUAAGUCUUAGUCAGAGACACCCGAGCCAGGAGGCACUGCAGCUUUUGAUGUACUGACGAAGAAAACGCAAAUUUAUUUUCCUAUCUAUUAUAAUACGCACGGAGAUAAUAUGUUAGCAAUUAUUAAGUAGGGAGCUGAUGCUGCUUUGAAUAACAUGUUGACACUGUCAAAAGCUUUUUGAAGAUCCCAAUGCCUGAACCUGUCGUUUACUUGUUCGUAUCAAAUAGUAGUUGAAUUGUUCAAAGUAAGGCUGCAUCCGAAUCAACUGUCUAGAGCUAGGUCUAGGUCCGCGCCCAUUGAAAAUACGCGGGGACGCGCUGACAAUAGACGUAGCCGUACCUCUAGAAGCCUGUUUCGGACACGGCCUGAUAGUCGCGAGCUUGUUAACUGUAGAUAGUGUAGAGGCAGGAUAAAGUUGUCGGUAAGAAAUACUAUACUCUAUAUUAAAAAAAAAUAAUCAAGAUUUAUAUUUGUUUGGUAGUUGUAUCAUUUUAUGUAGGCAUUUAAACGCGUUGAAGUUAAGUAUUGUCUGUAAAAGUAAAAGAUGUCAAAUAAGUAAAACAUCAUGCAUGGUCAUAACAUACUUGUACGAGUUUCUACAUGUAAUUCAUACGCUGUUCGCAUGUACAGAACUUUGUUUUGUUAGGAUCGAUUCCGCGCCUUUGAGAGAACAAUUUGUGAAUUUGAUACAAUUUGUGAACAAUUUUUGACAGUAUAGUUUAGACACUAAACCGUUUAUCCCAUAGUGGAGUUUGCUUGCAGUACGCUACAGAUACAGAUAAAGAACAGAGUUUAUUUUUAGUAUCUUUAGUCGAGUGAUCGCUGAGUGUUACGAUAUUUUUGUGUUAAAAUAUUUUAGCAAUAUUAAACAUAAGCACAAACAACGCAAGUCCACACUCAUUGGAGAGGUCAUUGUUUUGAUAUUGAU